GCCAAGGCCUUAAAUACCCAGACUCCUGGCCCCCAGGCCUUGCAAAGCCCCUCAUUUUGGCAGAACUUACCAUGUCGACCAGCCGCAAAUUAAAGAGUCAUGGCAUGAGGAGGAGCAAGAGCCGAUCUCCUCACAAGGGAGUCAAGAGAGGUGGCAGCAAAAGAAAAUACCGUAAGGGCAACCUGAAAAGUAGGAAACGGGGCGAUGACGCCAGUCGCAAUUACCGCUCCCACUUGUGAGCCCCCAGCGGGCUCUGCCCUGGUGCGCUUCACACAGCACCAAGCAGCAACAAGAACAGCAGAAGGGGAACUGCCAAGGAGACCUGAUGUUAGAUCAAAGCCAGAGAGGAGCCUAUGGAAUGUGGAUCAAAUGCCAGUUGUGACGAAAUGAGGAAUGUAUAUGUUGGCUGUUUUUCCCCAACAUCUCAAUAAAACCUUGAAAGCAGAAA